UGCUAACAGUGAUUGGAUGUUGGUAUGGCCACGGAGAUGAGGUGUUGUCUUUUGAUUUUUUCUGGCGAAGUUUUCACCUGUAAAAUUUGGAUUUGGCAGGACAAGUCAUUUAUUUUCCCCUUGCCCCAGUAGACAGUAGUAACUGGAAUGGAUCAGUUCGUUGUCCAAAUUACACUCGAACACCGACUACAAUGCCUCAUUUCGUUUAAUUGGCUGCAUUCAAUAUUAGCUAAUUAGCCCGGCCCACUACAUUGAAAAUCGCCAGACAAGGUUGUUUGCAUUUACUGUGGCACAAUGCCGCCCAAAUACGUGGACAACGUCUACGAGCCUCUGAGCGAGGACGUGGAAGAUCUCCUCGGCCGCUUCCAGCAGAAAGACUCCAUCCGCUUCGACGACUUCUCGGCUAUCUGGAGGGACAUGCGCUUCUCGGAUGUCUUCCUGGGCAUCUUCGGCGUGGGCGAGAUGAGGGAGUUCUGCAAGGUGGCCAUGAUCACAGCCGCCAAGUACUUCCUGCCCCCCUACUGCUUCCAGGUCCGGGUUGGAGGUCUGUACUUGAUGUACGCCUUCUACCACACCCAGCUCGUCACCCCGCCUGUGCACAUCCGCCUGGCUCUCAGGGACUGGGACUACGUGCAGAAGUUCCUGCAAGACUCCAUGGUCUCAGGCCACCUGGAUGUGGUGUACAUCUACCGGAAGCUUGUCUCCUCCAAAGCCUUUCAGUACACCGGCAUGCCGCAUUUGCUUAACUUCCGGAAACCCAAGAGGCCCAAGAAUCAGAAGUUGUGCAGCGAGAUGCUGGCGAGGGCCACCGCAGUGAAUGACCUCCUAUCUGAAGACUACCUGGAGGAGGUCACCAACAUCCAGAACCACUAUGAGAAGAUGAAGCAAGACUUGGAGGAGGUCCGCCACCAGGCAACCAUGACACAUACACAGUUUGCCUCACGUUUAAAGACAACUUUGACUGAGUUUGUUACAUGGCAGCACAACACCUUCCAUCAAACUAAAGAAGAAGAUGAGGAGAAACCCAUCUAUGAAGAAGACAGUCACAGUAGAGCCUCCCUCCUGGCAUCCAUCAAGAAGAAGAGCUACGGAAAACCAGAAGAUCAUGGAUCCAAGUCCAGGAGGCACCGGCAGGGGGUGGUGCAUUCGUCCAGCUCGGGACCAGAGCAGGAGCACGGCGGCCGCGAACUCAAUCCGACCAAGCCUCUCUCGUUGCGGGCUAGGACGUGGAAGGCCCUCGGGAAGAACACGGAGAAGUCCGAGCUGGCGCCGUGGCUGCUGAGCGCCCCUGACCAGGAGGGGGUGCCAUUGAGGCAGAAAUGGCAGGGCCGCUUCAAGCCAUAAUCACCUUUUUAACCUCAGAAACAUACACAGUUGAUGUACAGUACGCAUGUUUUGUUAUAAUCUAACUUUAGUUGAAUUAUUUAAAUUUAAUAAAAACGUUUAUUCAUAAAUACCUGAUAUUUGAUUGAUUUCAGGACUGAAGGUGAAAAUUAUGUUAUGAUUUUGGAAGAGGACAAAUGUUUCCCUCAGUAGCAACUGAACUAUUUAGGUUACAUUGAGUAAAAAUAAUUGUAAUUUUGUAUGACUAAUAUGUCAUUAAA